CGGGUAUAACCAUACAAACUCCACCAGUGCCAGCGCAAGGAAAAAGUCAAACAUCUCAAAGUCCAGGGCAGUUCCAACCAAUUUCACCAAUGACCAAUACAGAUGGAUCUUAUAUUUCUGAUGCGGAUGGUUCAGGAACAACCCUACCAGCAAAACAAGUAACAGCCCAAAGAAGAGGUCAAGGAAUGCCUGCAGCAAGCAGUGCAAGUGCAUCUCACUUUUCAGAUCCCCCGGGUAUAACCACUAUAACUCCACCAGUGCCAGCGCAAGGAAAAAGUCAAACAUCUCAAAGUACAGGGCAGUUCCAACCAAUUUCUCCAAAGACCACUACAGAUGGAUCUUAUAUUUCUGAUGCGGAUGUGUCAGGCAUAACCGUACCAGCAAAACCAGUAACAGCCCAAAGAAAAGUGCAAGGAAUGCCUGCAGUGACCAAUCCAAGUGCAUCUAACAUUUCAGAUCUCCCGGGUAUAACCAUACCACCUCCACCAGUGCCAGCGCAAGGAAAAAGUCAAACAUCUCAAAGUCCAGGGCAGUUCCAACCAAUUUAUCCAAAGACGACUACAGAUGGAUCUUAUAUUUCUGAUGCGGCUGUUUCAGGCAUAACCUUACCAGCAAAACCAGUAACAGCUCAAAGAAAAGUGCAAGGCAUGCCUGCAGUGACCAAUCCAAGUGCAUCUAACAUUUCAGAUCUCCCGGGUAUAACCAUACCACCUCCACCAGUGCCAGCGCGAGGAAAAAGUCAAACAUCUCAAAGUACAGGGCAGUUCCAACCAAUGUCUCCAAAGACAACUACAGAUGGAUCUUAUAUUUCUGAUGCGGACGUGUCAGGCAUAACCGUACCAGCAAAACCAGUAACAGCCCAAAGAAAAGUGCAAGGAAUGCCUGCAGUGACCAAUCCAAUUGCAUCUAACAUUUCAGAUCUCCCUGGUAUAACCAUACCACCUCCACCAGUGCCAGCGCAAGGAAAAAGUCAAACAUCUCAAAGUCCAGGGCAGUUCCAACCAAUUUCUCCAAAGACAACUACAGAUGGAUCUUAUAUUUCUGAUCUCCCGGGUAUAACCAUACCACCUCCACCAGUGCCAGCGCAAGGAAAAAGUCAAACAUCUCAAAGUACAGGGCAGUUCCAACCAAUUUCUCCAAAGACAACUACAGAUGGAUCUUAUAUUUCCGAUGCGGAUGUGUCAGGCAUAACCUUACCAGCAAAACCAGUAACAGCCCAAAGAAAAGUGCAAGGAAUGCCUGCAGUGACCAAUCCAAGUGCAUCUAACAUUUCAGAUCUCCCGGGUAUAACCAUAUCACCUCCACCAGUGCCAGCGCAAGGAAAAAGUCAAACAUCUCCAAGUCCAGGGCAGUUCCAACCAAUUUCUCCAAAGACCACUACAGAUGGAUCUUAUAUUUCUGAUGCGGAUGUGUCAGGCAUAACCUUACCAGCAAAACCAGUAACAGCCCAAAGAAAAGUGCAAGGAAUGCCUGCAGUGACCAAUCCAAGUGCAUCUAACAUUUCAGAUCUCCCGGGUAUAACCAUACCACCUCCACCAGUGCCAGCGCAAGGAAAAAGUCAAACAUCUCAAAGUACAGGGCAGUUCCAACCAAUUCCUCCAAAGACAACUACAGAUGGAUCUUAUAUUUCUGAUGCGGAUGUGUCAGGCAUAACCUUACCAGCAAAACCAGUAACAGCCCAAAGAAAAGUGCAAGGAAUGCCUGCAGUGACCAAUCCAAGUGCAUCUAACAUUUCAGAUCUCCCGGAUAUAACCAUACCACCUCCACCAGUGCCAGCGCGAGGAAAAAGUCAAGCAUCUCAAAGUACAGGGCAGUUCCAACCAAUUUCUCCAAAGACCACUACAGAUGGAUCUUAUAUUUCUGAUGCGGAUGUGUCAGGCAUAACCUUACCAGCAAAACCAGAAACAGCCCAAAGAAAAGUGCAAGGAAUGCCUGCAGUGACCAAUCCAAGUGCAUCUAACAUUUCAGAUCUCCCUGGUAUAACCAUACCACCUCCACCAGUGCCAGCGCAAGGAAAAAGUCAAACAUCUCAAAGUCCAGGGCAGUUCCAACCAAUUUCUCCAAAGACAACUACAAAUGGAUCUUAUAUUUCUGAUCUCCCGGGUAUAACCAUACCACCUCCACCAGUGCCAGCGCAAGGAAAAAGUCAAACAUCUCAAAGUACAGGGCAGUUCCAACCAAUUUCUCCAAAGACAACUACAGAUGGAUCUUAUAUUUCCGAUGCGGAUGUGUCAGGCAUAACCUUACCAGCAAAACCAGUAACAGCCCAAAGAAAAGUGCAAGGAAUGCCUGCAGUGACCAAUCCAAGUGCAUCUAACAUUUCAGAUCUCCCGGGUAUAACCAUAUCACCUCCACCAGUGCCAGCGCAAGGAAAAAGUCAAACAUCUCCAAGUCCAGGGCAGUUCCAACCAAUUUCUCCAAAGACCACUACAGAUGGAUCUUAUAUUUCUGAUGCGGAUGUGUCAGGCAUAACCUUACCAGCAAAACCAGUAACAGCCCAAAGAAAAGUGCAAGGAAUGCCUGCAGUGACCAAUCCAAGUGCAUCUAACAUUUCAGAUCUCCCGGGUAUAACCAUACCACCUCCACCAGUGCCAGCGCAAGGAAAAAGUCAAACAUCUCAAAGUACAGGGCAGUUCCAACCAAUUUCUCCAAAGACAACUACAGAUGGAUUUUAUAUUUCUGAUGCGGAUGUGUCAGGCAUAACCUUACCAGCAAAACACGUAACAGCCCAAAGAAAAGUGCAAGGAAUGCCUGCAGUGACCAAUCCAAGUGCAUCUAACAUUUCAGAUCUCCCGGAUAUAACCAUACCACCUUCACCAGUGCCAGCGCGAGGAAAAAGUCAAGCAUCUCAAAGUACAGGGCAGUUCCAACCAAUUUCUCCAAAGACCACUACAGAUGGAUCUUAUAUUUCUGAUGCGGAUGUGUCAGGCAUAACCUUACCAGCAAAACCAGUAACAGCCCAAAGAAAAGUGCAAGGAAUGCCUGCAGUGACCAAUCCAAGUGCAUCUAACAUUUCAGAUCUCCCGGGUAUAAACAUACAAACUCCACCAGUGCCAGCGCAAGGAAAAAGUCAAGCAUCUCAAAGUCCAGUGCAGUUCCAACCAAUUUCUCCAAAGACCACUACAGAUGGAUCUUAUAUUUCUGAUGCGGAUGUGUCAGAAACAACUCUACCAGCAAAACAAGUAACAGCCCAAAGAAGAGGUCAAGGAAUGCCUGCUGCGAGCAGUACAAGUGCAUCUCACUUUUCAGAUCUCCCGGGUAUAACCAUCCCACCUCCACCAGUGCCAGCGCAAGGAAAAAGUCAAACAUCUCAAAGUCCAGGGCAGUUCCAACCAAUUUCUCCAAAGAUCACUACAGAUGGAUCUUAUAUUUCUGAUGCGGAUGUGUCAGGCACAACCUUACCAGCAAACCCAGUAACAGUCCAAAGAAAAGUUCAAGGAAUGCCUGCAGUGACCAAUCCAAGUGCAUCUCACAUUUCAGAUGCGGAUGUGUCAGGCACAACCUUACCAGCAAACCCAGUAACAGUCCAAAGAAAAGUUCAAGGAAUGCCUGCAGUGACCAAUCCAAGUGCAUCUCACAUUUCAGAUUCAGAGGUGGCAGGCAAAACCACACCAGCGCAACAAGUUCCAAUCCAAAAAAAUAGUCAACCAUCGCAAAAUCCAGGACAGUUCCCAAGAAUUCCGGCGGUAGCCAAUGCACAAGGAUCAAAAAUUCCUGGUCUGUCAGGUAUGACCACCCCAACACCACCAGUGCCAGACCAAAGAAAAAGCCAAAUAUAUCAAAGUCCGGGACAGUCGCAACAAACUUCACCAGCUACCGAUGAAGAUGGAUCUGCAUCUGCAUCUGUUACGCUGGAAACUAAUGAGCCGACUUCAAGUUUGAACUCACAGAAUCAUUCUCUUGAAGUGCUGCCUCCAAGGAAAAAAGCUAUCACACCAGGUGCUUUUCAUCAGAAUACUCCUGGCUCCAAGGCAUGCAAACAUGCCAGCUCAAGUGUUGCUCUUGUCAUCGCGAUGGCAUCUGUAGUAGUUUGGUACACUAAUGCUCUUUCGGCAUGGUGCUAGUCAGAUAUACACAUACCACUGUUGAUCCACUACGUAUUGUGCUAUCCAGUAAUUUUCUUCCUAUAUUCUUUAUUAUUUUUGUUACGAUACAGUAUCUGAUGCUCCGCAUGCAGCAUGAUCCUUGCCCUAUAUGUACGGACAAGGAGCCUUCACAGAGCACCAGUAUUGCACGUAGCAGCCCAUGCAUGCUUUGAAUUCAAAUCUGCAUAAUAUUAUCUACUCUCUAGUGCGCUGUUGCCUCUGUGUGACUUGUAGCAAGUGCUGAAACUGCUGACUACACCUCUCUUCCUGCAUCCUCAUUCCUGCCUAGCUAGGUCUGCAGAAACACAAGCCUUUUGACGAGCUACUUUAUCAAUAUCGUUUUCGAAGACGUCGACGUUUACUUUGAAGCUCUUGUACUCCACGAGCCACUAUCCUGCUUCGUGAAAAAUCUGUACUUGAAAACUCAACAAUGUUCUUUCUUCAAUUUCCAUUUUCCUUUUCUUGUUUCUUUUCUUCUUCGCAAUUCUAUUCUUCAAGGCAGUUUGAAAGAUGUGUCCU